AUGAGAACUAGACUGAACUUGAUAGACCUUUUGAGAGUGGCUGGAGGCGUACUGCUCCUGAACUGUAUUUUCUCGUUCGUUUUUACUUCUUCACCAACUUGGAAUUACUCUGGAAAGUACGUGGAUCCGAGAUAUUACAAGCAUUUGAUAACGCCCAAUAUUGUACUUACAGACGCCCAGUUGGCAGUAUUCAACGGAAAUAAACAGCAUCUUCCAGUAUACGUGGCUGUCAAUGGGACAAUUUUUGAUGUUACGAAGAACAGACACCUAUAUUCCAAGGGAAGCUCCUACCAUCGAUUUGCAGGCAGGGAUGGCUCCAGGGCCUUGGGGACAGGAUGCUUGACUAAUCCAAACGAGUACACAUGGGAUUUACGAGGUUUAACAGAGAGACAGUUGGGGGAUAUUGCAUCAUGGCAUGAAUACUACAGGAAUCAUAGGGAUUACUGGGUGGCUGGAUCCGUGGUCCACAAUUACAGUGAGCUACCAAAACAGGCGCCUGAGCCGUGCAUAAAUGGAAUGAAAUUUCCCAAAAAUAUUCACUAA